AUGCCGUCUUGCUCGGAGCCAGAACCAGGACUCCAAGGCUUGCAUUUUGACAAGCCAAUUCCCCGCCCGCCAAAGUCGCCCUCUAAGACCAGCGAUAUUCGUUCUCGCAACCGUCGCCGGGAGUAUAUCGAGAGGAACCCCAAGUAUUUUAACAAUGCCGAACACGAGCUCGCAGAUACUCUUCUUUACGAUUCCUUGAUUCGGAAGUUUCAGACACCUGCCGAGCGAGAGGCCGAUGGUAAGGCCAAAGGCUACUCGGGCGUUCUGGAAAGCUCUCUCCUGCGAGGCGAGGCCCGUCUUGCUGAUCUCAAGUCAUCAACUGAGGCGGCCUCGGCCCCGGGACACGCUAAAGACUUCACGACUGAGGCAGAUCUGUCCCAGACCGAAACCAAGGAAGAUGGGCUCCAGAGAUGGCAAGAGUUCCUAACCGAACGUUUCGUUCGCGGCCACGACGAAGAUUUCGAUUACAGCCUGGUCGAUCACAAUGAAGACUACGACACCAUGGAGAGGCGCGAUGCCGAAGAGGCAUGGUUUGACGAGGAAGACCCUAAUUGGGCCAGCGAUGCCGACAAACAAGUCGAGACCAAACAGGGCGAGACCGGCGUACAGGACUUUUGA